AUGAGGAGAUGCGAUGAAGCCUCGUGUCGUGAGCCACAGCCAUUUCUGCAGUUGUGGCAGCAUGUGAAGGCGGCCGAGUCCUUUCAGGGAGCCAGGCCGGGCUACGUGUUCAAAGUUGACCAACAUGGCUUGGGGUACUAUCUGGAUCCCGUACAGGUCAACCGAUCUAUCUGGGAUGAUGUAGUUUCCAAGUUGCCCGAAACUUGGCGGGACACGCCUCAUCGGGAGGAGCAACUACGUGUCAGUGAGCAGCAAAGUUGUGGCUUGAGUAUGUCGCACAGUGAUUUCGGAUUCGUGGUUGACAAGGUGGAGGACGAGCCUGGCCAAAAACUGCAAAAGGGCGAGGCCAUCGUGGCGAUAGAAGGGCGUUUGCUGGCUGGGCUCUCUGCUCCGCAGAUGCAGGCCUCCUUCCAGAAGCGCCGUGUCGAGGGUGCUCGACUGUACGUGGUCGAUCUCGCCAAGGCAGAAGAGCUGUCCAGACGAGACCCAAACAUCAUUGAGAUGUGGGACCCUGUUAAGCAGCACAACUAUUUCUUUCACAAGAAGACUGGCAAGAGCGCAUGGACGCUGGAGGAGCUGCAGCCGGCUCCAUCCACGUCCACGUCCUCGGCUUCGGCGGAGAAGCGGAAAGCGGAUGCCACAUCGCAGGCGCCGAUUGACAUCGCCCACUUCAUGCAGCAUGGGUUUGCAAAGCAGAAAGAGCAGCCAAAGAAGAAGGCUAAG